AUGCUACUUUUGGUUGUUUUAGUAUUCUUAGGAAGAGCAAGACAAUAUUCAAUAGAGCUUAAGAAUUAACAUACUUAAGAACAUUUGAUAGAGCUUGUAAAUUUAUUAUAACAUUCACAUGCAUAAUUAUUAGAAUUAUAGCAUUAUGAAAGAAUAGGAAAAGAUUUGUAGGGAUUAUUAUAAUUUGAAACAGUAUUUUUAGAAAAGGAAAUAAAAAAAAAAAAUUUAAAGCAUUAAAAACAUCAUAAUAAGAAAGAAGAGAAACACAAAAAAAGACAUCAUAAAUAAAUGAUAAUAAAUGAAGCAUUAAUGGAUGUUAUUCCGUUAACUCAUGAAGAGAAAGGUGUAUUUGAAAAUUCAGGAUCAUUAUUACCUAUAGAUUUUGAAAUUGAAUAGUAAAUGGAGCAUUAAGGUUAAAAAUUAGUAUCCGCAGAAAGAAUUUAAAGUGGUACUUAUAUUGCUGAUGUACCGUUAACAAAUAUUGCAAAUACAAUGUUUAUAGGAGAAUUAAAGAUAGGGAGUGCAAAAGGUAAGAAUACGUUUGAUGUAAUUUUUGAUACUGGAUCUGCUCUUACUUGUAUAGCAUCAGAAUAAUGUAAAGAUAUUGGAUGUUAGAAAAGUAAAAGAUAUAAUAGAGCAGAAAGCAAAUCAUUUAAUGAGAUAGGAAAAUAAGUAGAGAUAGUAUUUGGAAGUGGAACAUUGAAAGGUUUAAUUAAUAGAGAAGAGAUAAGUGUAGAUGGAUUAAAUUUGAAAGAUGCAUUGUUUAUAGAGGUUACAUAAUAGAUUGGAGAUGCAUUUCAUGAAGGAGAAUUUGAUGGAAUAGUUGGAUUGGGAUAUCCUCAUAUGACAGGAGUCCCAACUUUAUUUGAUUAUAUGAUGAAAUAACAUAAGUUACAUUAGAAUCUUUUCACUUUUCAUUUAAAUAGAUAAACAGGUAAUUCUGGAUCAAAAUUGAUUUUUGGAGGAAGUGAUGAUUCUUAGAUUAAAGGAUAAUGGGUAUAUCAUAAAGUUCAUCAAUAAUUUUAUUGGUCAAUUAUGGCAGAAGAAAUAAGAGUAGGUAAUAAAAAUACUGGAAUUUGUUCUCAUUAGCAUAAAUGCAAAAUGGUAGUAGAUACAGGAACUACUCUAUUGACUGGACCAACAAAAGAUGUUAGAACAUUAUUAUCAAUGAUUAGAGUAGAACCUAAGUGUUAGAACUUUCCAUCUAUGCCAGAUAUUACUUUUGUUAUUGAUGGAAGAAACUAUGUUUUAUAACCUAAAGAAUAUAUAUUAACAAUUACAUGUAUCUUAAUGAUUUAAUUAAUUAGAGUCUGGAGUUGAAUCUCCAUAUUAACAUUCUUCUAUGGACUAGAUUGUUGGAUGUGCAGGCACUAUUUUCCCAUUAGAUUUACCAGCAAAAUAGUAAUAAAUUAUUAAUAAUAUCUAAGAGGUCCAUUAUGGAUUUUAGGAGAUGUUUUUAUUACUAAAUAUUCAGCUAAAUUUGAUAGAGAAAACAACAGAGUUGGACUUGCACUUAAUAAAAAUGUAUGA